GUUUUCCGAUCUUUCUUUGAAUUAUAGUAGAGUAAAUACAAGAUGCAUGUUGACGUUCCUAAUCAGUUAACUUGCGAAAUAAUCAAGUUGAAAGAUAUACAUUCUUAUCCUUUAUAAACAUCUAAUGUAGAGCAUCAUUGGAUUUGGAGAAUUCCCAAAAUUAAAACUAAAAAUCAAAUAGAAUCAUAUUGUUUGGCAAUUCCCUUGAUUCCAAAUUGUUGAGGAUGUUUCAUUCCUUUACAAUGCUUCAGUAACAAAAAUAGAGAACAUCCUUCUAUUCUGGAUACAAUCUGGUAUGAUGCUCCUUAGCGAUGAUACAGGUGGUCCUUGCGUUUCAAAUACUGGCUUUUAUUCCAAGGGAAACGAGCCAAGGUGUUGGCGAUUGUCAGCCAUCCUAAAUAUUACUUCUGCGAGUAUGAAUGACUCUACCUAUCCAUUACUUGCGAAUUCGUUUUCAAUUUAUCGGGCCCAUUGUAUAUCAAUUCCAAAUAUGAUGGUACAAUUCCUCCAUGAGAGUUCUUCACCAAAAAACAUCGGAUGCUGCAAGUCUUUUUCAUCUCCAUCGAUGUCAUGCCAAUCAAACUUGUCAAUUCACUUACAACUAACCAUAAAGCAUCAAGUUUUUGAAACAAAUCAGAGCAUACGAAAUAACUUUUUAAGAUGGAUGCAAGGUUCCAAAGUUUUCCGAUAGCGAAACAAAAAGCGACCCCAAAGUUUCCUAAAGAUUGGCACAUUGGAUUUGUAUGAACCUCAGUUAAUUUCUUGGUGAGGAAUGUUUAACUAAUUAUUCUUUUCUUGGCGCAUCUUUCCUCGUAUGGUAAGGGUUUUCGUUUGGUUCUGUCUUUAAUUUAUUUGUGUUUUUUUCUUUCUGCGCCUUUUGUUCAAAUUGUAGAUUGGUCUAAGAUUACAUUGAAUUCCAUUUUCCGGUUAAAUCUCUCUUGUUGUGAUUUUUGGAUUUAUUUAGUCACUCAAGUUCGUCUUCCGUCAAAGUUCAACAAAUAGGAAUGUAUUAUAUAUGUCCUUUCAAGUACAGGAAUCAUAUUUGCAGAUGAAAGAGACGUGUCUUGUUAAAGGUCUUUACAUCCGUUUAUAGAGCAGCUUUGAUCAUCAUCAUGGGUGUCAUUUUUUGUUUGAAAAUCUGGACCGUAAACCUGUAAUGACACCUUUUCAUUUUGUUUAAUGUAGAGAAAUAGCCAUGCAAUGUAAGUGAAUCCCAAACCUAGGGUACUUCAACUGUAGCUGAAGUGAAUUCGUUUGUCAGAGGAGCAAGUUGCAAGAACGCGUAUAAUGAGGCCUAUCCUAAAUUUUUUAGGAAUUUCUUCGUUUUAUAUACAUUGCUUU